AUGUACUGGCCGGUCGGCACUCCUCGAGUCUACGCCACCAGCAGCAGUAGCCAGUCGCCCUCUUUCAGCCUCGUUGUCUCGUCGGAUGGCUUGCCGCCGCCGCAGCCCUCGCCGCCACCUGUGUCGUCGUCGAACGGAAUUGGCCACGAGAGACGGCCGUCGUUGCUAGCUGCUGACUCGGCGUCGAGCUUGGGUCCUCCGAGCUCAACCUCUCCCGCCACGCCCCUGACCCCGACCACACCUCUGACGCCGGGCAUAAAACCCGUGGAAGAUGACUACACGGAAGCUCAGGGCCACGAGCGGCCCUCCGGCCCGCGAACGGCCACGAUACCCCUGAAGGAGCCGGUGCUGGCGCUCAAGGUAGCCAGGGCCGGUCAGCUCUUCGCCACGAUCACCUCGACCUCUAUGACGAUAUGGCAAGUCAAGCCCACGGUGAUCCUCGCGGUUGUGGUCCGCUCCGAGGCUUCUCUCCGAUCUUAUGGUGCCAACGUCGACCUCCUCCUUCGCCCCGACUCGGCCAUCCUGGUCGUACAUACGAGCUCGGGCUUCCUCAUCACGUACACACUAGCGACCGACGCAGAGUCGCGGGUCUACAAGCCGCAUUUCAGCAGCCACACAAACGUCCAGCGGCGAAGACAGAACCACUGGGGCGACCCUGGACAUGCGGCGCCAGACCAGAUCAUGUGGGGACCUGGAGAGGGCGCUGGCGUGCGCGACGUGAGCGUGCGCUUCAGGAUGGUGAUCAAGGUUGACGCAGGGAUCGAGAGCGCGUUGGCAUUGGACGAUGAGCUGGUCGUCGCUACCCACAAGCCUGCCGCCGUCCAGUGUAUCAGGUGGACACCCGACAGCUCGGGCAGCCAGACCAGCACCGAGCUUCUGAGCCGAAUGAGCUGGCUGGACAAGAAGGUAGUGAUCACAUCCAUGACGCACGAUAGGCCAAUGAACCUAUCGGCAUGGAUUACCAACGAUGGAAGGGCAUACGCCGUCCAGCGGACUCCCAAGGGCCAGCCUACGGGCGAGAAUGGGGAGACUGACCCCAAGAAGCUCUUCAAGGGUUACUGCUUCCACACGCCUGAAGGCGAAAAUGACCGCGCCGAGCGGGCAGUAAUCAAUGCCCGGUUCUCGCUCAUUGCCGUCAGCCUCGCCGACGGAAGCAUACAGGUAUAUUCAGCAAGAGACUACGUGGGCAACAUCCCGGCGUCGCAUGUUCAUAAACUGCCAGUCUCGCAGAGCAAAUCGGGCCGGUUGACCACAAUGAGCUACUCUCCGGACGGCUAUUGCCUCUUUGCUGGGUUCGAGAACGGCUGGGCGACGUGGAGUGUGUAUGGCAAACCGCUCAGCCAUAGCUUCAAUGCGGACCAAGCCAUCUCGGGCAGCAACCAAGAAGAGUGGAUCAAGGGCAUCAAAGAAGCUGCUUGGAUAGGCGGCGCCUGCGAGAUGCUGCUGGUAGCGAAACAGCACGAGGCUAUAUGGCUGCUGGAGAUGGCACGCAGUGCAGUGACUGGAUGCUACAGCUCGGCCAACCUGUUCCGGACGGUGUUGCAGACAGAAUCGAGCGUUAUGAUAUACCGGGGCUACGACUUGCCGGAUCUCACAUCUAUCUCGGCUGAGCCUUUCCUAUGGCACACAACCAGGAUGCCUUCCACCUACCUCAUGAACCAAUGGCCCAUUCGCUGUGCCGUUAUCUCCCCCGAUGGCCGAUAUGUAGCCAUCGCCGGCAGGAGAGGCCUCGCGCAUUACAGCGUCAACAGCGGGCGCUGGAAGACUUUUGGUAAUGAAAUCCAGGAGAACGAGUUCCAGGUGCGAGGCGGCAUGUGCUGGUACCAGAAUAUCCUGGUCGCAGCCGUCGAGGCCAACAGAACCUUUGAGCUGCGUUUGUUCUCUAGAGAAGCGGCCCUGGACACCUCAAACAUAGCAUAUACCCACCAGAUGCCCGCGCCGGUGGUCAUGAUCACACCGUCGGGCGAGGACUCUCUACUCGUCUACACAUACGACAAUCUCCUCUACCACUUCAUCUUCGCUCCCGUCGCGGGAGCCAUCCGGUUGAUCCAGGUGGGCCACAUCGCUUUCCACGGCAUAGUCCGCUCGCCUGCAAGGGUGCGAGGUCUGAGCUGGAUCCUGCCCGAGAGCCAGCUGGCCGACGGCGACCCAUCACAGGACGUGGCUGUAGCGUCCGUGUUGUUCCUGGUCGAUGGCAAGUUAGUCCUGCUGCGGCCUUCGGUCAACGAAGAGGGACAGCUCAAAUACGACAUGCGCGUCAUUGCCCAGAGCGUCGAGUAUUACGCUUGCAUGAGGGAUCAGCCUUUCUUGAGCGGCCCUCUACAGCUGGAAAGCGCUUCCCCGGGAGGCCAAGACAAAGGCCUUCAGAACUCGCUCUGGAUGCUCGACGGCGGCGAACUCAAAGCCUGGACGGACGUGUCUGAUGUCCUGCAGACAGUCUCGGGCGGUGAGCUACCACCAACCGUGUCCAUCCCUAUAGAUUACUACCCACUCUCCUUUUUACUAGGCAAGGGGAUUGUCCUGGGCGUGGAGCCUGAUCUAGUGCAGAGGCGCGACAUCAGCUUCUCCUUCUUCCGCUUUGCUAUCAGGACACACCUCUUCCUACCCGAGGUCCUACGCUUCUACCUCACGCGCAACCGCGCGCUGGACGCGCUGAACCUGGCCCAGCAGUACCAGGGUCUCGCCUACUUUGCGCACGCCCUCGAGAUCCUCCUCCACCAGGUCCUGGACGAGGAGGUCGACUCGGCGCCGGCGCCGGAGGACGCCAUCCUGCCCCGCGUGCUGUCGCUGCUCUCCUCCUUCAAGAGCUACCUCGACAUCGUGGUGCAGUGCACGCGCAAGACCGAGGUGCGCUCCUGGCGCACGCUCUUCGCCUACCUGCCGCCCGCGCAGGAGCUCUUCGAGGAGUCGCUGCUCAAGGGCCACCUCAAGACGGCGGGCGGCUACCUGCUCAUCCUGCACACGUUUGACGACGAGCUGGCGACGACGACGGCGACGACGACGAGCUCGGCGGCGAGCGAGCAGAGCGUCCGCUUGCUGAGCCGGGCCAUGCGCGAGGGGGACUGGGAGCUGUGCCGCGAGCUGGCGCGGUUCCUGGCGGCGCUGGACGACAGCGGGGAUACGCUCCGGGAGGCGCUGGAGAUGGCGCGGGAGAGGGCGGCGGAGGGGAGCGGCGGCGGCGGCGAGGCUGGGGCUACGGGGUUGGGGCUGGGGCUCGGGCUGGCGGCGGCGAGGCUGGAGGUGCCGAUGCACGGCGGGGGCCGGCGGAGCGGCAGCGGGAGUAGUGGGGGUACGACGGAGGAGUCUGGGAGCGAGGCGGGGAGUUUUGACUCUGGGACUCCGCCAAAACCCCACGAUCAUAUCAUCAUCAUCACCACCCGUACUCCAUACAGUGCACACACAGCCCUCGAGAGGACUGGCUCAGAGACACUCCGGGCAACAGAGGCUUACUCAUCACCCAACCCCCGUACACACCCGCAAGACCCCCCCAGCUGUAACAACAGUCCGCGUAGACCGCAAGCAGGCAUGAAGGUCAUCCUCUCCGUCAACGCCGGGUCCUCCUCCGUCAAGAUCUCGGUCUACACGGCCGACAGGGCCGGCGCGGCGCCCGAGAAGCUCGCCGAGGCCCAGGUCAGCGGCCUCACGGCGCCGCCGCCCACCCUCGACUACACGCGCGGCGGCCGGCGCGUCUACAGGGACCACCGGGUCGAGGCGGCGAUCGGGUCGCAGCAGGACGCCUUCUCGGUGCUGCUCGACACGCUGGUCGGCGACCCGGAGCUCGCGCAGCUGUCGUCGCGCGCCGACGUCGCCAUCGUCGCGCACCGCAUCGUCCACGGCGGCGACUACACCGAGCACAAGGUCAUCGGCGACGAGACGUACCACCACCUCGAGGUGCUCAACGACCUCGCGCCGCUGCACAACACCAAGUCGCUCGAGAUCGUCCGGGGCUGCGUCGAGGCGCUCCCCUCCGCCGUCAACGUCGCCUACUUCGACUCGCAGUUCCACGCCACCAUCCCGCGCCACAUCAGCACGUACCCGAUCGACCCGGCCGUCGCCGAGAAGAACAUGCUGCGCAAGUACGGCUUCCACGGCAUCAGCUACGCCUUCAUCGCGCGCAGCGUCGCGGCGCACCUCGGCCAGAGCCCGGCCGAGACCAACAUCAUCGCGCUGCACCUCGGCAGCGGGGCGAGCGCCUGCGCCAUCAAGGCCGGCAAGAGCUGGGACACGAGCAUGGGGCUGACGCCGCUGGCCGGCCUGCCGGGCGCCACGCGCAGCGGGAGCGUGGACCCGAGGCGCAGACCGGGCGAUGAACAUCUCGUCUUCCACUACGCCUCGGACGUGGGCAAGCUCUCCCCGGAGUCGACGAGGGACCUGCACAUCUCGCGCGCCGAGGAGAUCCUCAACAAGGAGGCCGGCUGGAAGGCCCUGACGGGCACCACCAACUUCGGCGAGAUCGCGGCGCCCGGCGCGCCCGCCACGCACCGCCUCGCCUUCGACCUCUUCGUCGACCGCGUCUGCGCCUUCGUCGGCUCCUACUACGUCAGCCUCGCGGGCCGGUGCGACGCGCUCGUCUUCGCCGGCGGCAUCGGCGAGCGGAGCGACCGGCUGCGGGCCGCCGUCGCGGAGCAGUGCGCGUGCCUCGGCUUCGGGGUCGACGGCGCGGCCAACGCUGGCCUCAGGUUCGAGGCGGGCGAGGUGGUCAAGGACAUCACGGCGCCCGGCGCCCGGCACAGGGUGCUCGUGUGCGCUACGGACGAGCAGUUUGAGAUGGCGAGGGGAUGUGCCGAGGACGAGCAGCUGUGGAAGUGA